CUUGACCACAGAGGGGCGCAUUCAAUUUUUAGUUUAAUCCCACGGGUAGAUAAUGUUUUGGGGUGAAACUUGUCGUUCCGAAUUGAACAACAACCAGAAUAUAAUUUGGAAAAAUCUGAAAAUGCAAAACGGACUAAUAGAUAUUAGUUUACUUUAACCCUUCACACUUUAACUCUUCCAAGUAAACCCCCCUCCUCCCCCGUUCACCGUGGGUUGCCAGGUUGACAAAAACCCACAACUGGCAACCCAAGUCCGACAGCGUGCAGCAGUAUUGUGCUGGAGCAGCAGACUCCCCGCAGGGAUCCCCAGGGUGACACAUACACACACACACACACACACACGGCUGCUCACAUGGCGGACACAAAGGAGUGACUUAGUGAACGCCGCUGCAAACACUCCGCGAUCAUCCAGCGAGGGUCUCGGGAACCAGACACGAUGGAGGCAGCAUUUGAGGAGAUCGAUUCGUCCGGGAGAUGGCAGAACCUGUUCAACGAGAUCCGUAACCAAGCCAGUGACUAUCCCUACAAAGUGGCCAAACUCCCAGCGAACCGGAAUUUGAACCGCUACCGAGACGUCAGCCCAUACGACCACAGUCGGGUCAAACUCGAAAACUCAGAAAAUGACUACAUCAACGCCAGUCUCGUCAUGGUGGAAGAAGCCCAGAGAGCCUACGUUCUCUGCCAGGGGCCUUUGAGGAACACCUGUGGUCAUUUCUGGCUGAUGAUUUGGGAGCAGUGUUCCAAAGCUGUUAUAAUGCUCAACAGAGUCAUUGAAAAGGGAUCUGAAAAGUGUGCACAGUACUGGCCCACCACGGAGGAGCUGCAGAUGUCUUUCACGGACACGGGGUUCGUUGUCAGGCUGCUUUCAGAGGAGGACCAGUCCUAUUACACCAUCCGAGUGCUGGAACUGCAGAACACAGUGACGGGGGAAUCGAGGGAACUCUACCACUUUCACUACACCACGUGGCCUGACUUCGGCGUCCCGGAAUCCCCGGCCUCCUUCCUCAACUUCCUCUUCAAGGUCCGGGAGUCUGGCUCGCUGGGACCGGAGCACGGGCCCUCGGUGGUGCACUGCAGCGCUGGGAUCGGACGCUCGGGAACCCUGGCCCUGGUGGACACCUGCCUGGUGCUGAUGGACAGGAGGAAGACCCCGUCGUCGGUGGACAUACAGAAGGUGCUGCUGGACAUGAGGGAAUACCGCAUGGGCCUGAUCCAGACCCCCGACCAGCUCCGCUUCUCCUACAUGGCGGUCAUCGAGGGAGCCAAGCUCAUCCCGGCGCCGAACAAGCCGAGAGAGAUGUCAGGAGACAACCUGGAGCCAGAGCUGCCCCCUCCACCACCACCUCCACCCCCUCCUCCACCAACUCCACCCCUGCCUCACCUCAACGACAGCAUGCCCAACGGUCAGCCAGGACCCCGUCUGGAGCCCCAGGCCGCCACGGGAGGUCAGCUGGGGGCAGGGGAGCCGGGCGGCCCGGACCACAACGUGGCAGAGGACUCGGGGCUUGUCAGAAAGCGACACCGCGAGGAGAGGAUCGCCAGCACCUCGCAGAAGGUCCAGCAGAUGAAACAGAGACUGAGCCACUCGGAGAGGAAACGAGACCAGUGGCUGUACUGGAGACCCAUCCUGCUCAACGUCGGUGCCGGGGCGGCCGUGGCCGUGGGCCUGCUGGUGUGCUGGAUGUACGCCCAGUGAAUACACUUUGAAAUGAAAAGAAAAAACAACAAAAACCUGGACCCCUAUUUUGCACCAGUACCUGGGAUUAGGUACUUCCCUAAGUAGACUAGAGCAGUAACACAAGCAUAACGAAGGGUAUUUAUUUCUUAAGGUCAGAAAAUGCGAGAGCGCUAGAUCAAAAAAAAAGUGUGUGUGUGUGUGUGUGUGUGUGUAUUUUUCAUGUUAAGAUCUUAACAAAGAAAAAAAAAUUAGUAACAUCUCAGGAUCUUGGUGCCAGCACGACGAUUUCAUUUCCUUCUUGCCACUCGAUGAAUGUACUGUAUCACAGCGAAUCGCUUCGAGAGCAAACUUACAGAAGGUGCAGUGCAAAGCAAGAGAAACAUAAUAACUCUGACAAGUUUUGAGUUUUUUCCUUAUUGUAACGGUCAGGUGCGUGGCGAUCGUCCGUGGAUACCUUUAACAUUUCAAAUAACUUUUUGCGUUGACUGUCCAUCCCAUCAUAAGAGCCCAGAGCCAAAUAGUUGCUUUUUUUCUGCAAUGAAAUGUGCAUAUCAUGCACAAAUGUAGAGGUUUUUUCCAGAGCACCACUCGUUCUUCCACUCACAUUUAGCAGGGCACCCCAAUACGGCCAGAUAUAUAUUUUUGUGUGACUGGAUACUUCAUAGAGAGCUGCCCUGCUGAUGUUUUAAACCUUGUAUUUCUGUUAUACGAGCACCUUUUGUUUCAUACAUUUUGGUUGUCGCGUUCAUCGUAAAUGUCCGUAACUCCUUAUUGCAUGUAUGUACCCACUGGAUGGGUUCAUGUGUGUACUUUCGAGUUUAAUUUAGGAAAACCAAAGUAACGGUGUCCCUAACCGCCAGGCAAGCUGUUUAAAUUAUGAAAUAUUGUCCUGCAAUGCAUUUAUUUUUUUCCCGUUGGAAUCUCUUAAACAUAACUGACACAAAACUGACGCGUGUCUUCUUAAUUUGAACACAGAUGUGGCGAACAAUUGGUGUUGAAUUGACAGGGACCAAUCUAAAGCUAUAGCAGUGCAAUUGAGGAGAUGGUUUCGGAGAGGAGAUCGUGGUUGGAGAUAGCUUUAAAUGUGCCUUGAAGUGAAUUUAAUGGAA